AAUGAAUAACACCCUCUAAUUACACUUGCCCAAAUUAUAGCAAUUCAUUUAGAAUUUUACAGAAGACAAUAGUUCAGUUGAUCUAUCAAAGCUAUAGAAUACACUCGAAUUGAGAAUCCAAUAAACAAUAAUAACUGUUAAUGAAGUACUCCACUUUUAUGAAUAUUGCCAAUCAUAGUAAUUGAGUUUUUUACAAAAAUAUAGGGAGUUUUUAAAAAUGCAUAGCUCUAGAAAUUGGACAGAUGAAGAAUGGAAAAUACUAUUAUGGGUAACGUUAUAGUAUUGUUCAUUAAAUUUAAAAAGCAGUGAUGAAAUUGUAAAUCUUUAUUAGUUUACAUUAGUAAGGAUAGGAUUGGAAUAAUAUAUCUGAAAUUAUAGCAUUCAAGGACUCAUUAAAUUGUCAAUUUAAAUGGUUUUCGCAUUUAAGAAUUAUUCCUUCAAAUAAAAAUUGGCUUCCUGAAGAAGAUAAGUUGCUUUAUAAAAUCAUGACAAAAGAACCUAACAUAAAAUGGUUUGAAGUGUAAUAUGAAAUGUUUAUUUAAUCAUAAGGAAUUUAUUUUAGAAAGGCAAAACAAUAUAGAGAGAGAUGGAACAAUUAUUUAAAUCCUUAAGUAAAUAGGUAAAUUUUUAGGUUUAUUAUCUAAGAGGUAUUUGGACAGAGCUUGAUGAUUAUAAUUUAUUGUAAAUAACAUUAGUAGAAGGUUUGAGAUGGUCAAAUAUAUCAAAAAAAUUGAAAAAUAGAACAGAGAAUUAAGUUAAAAAUAGAUUCAAAAGCAUAAUCAAUAAAGAAAAAAAAAUAGUAUAAAUUCCUUCUGAGUUACAAUAAGAUCACUUAGAUGACCCUUUAAAACAUGGAUUAGAUAAAAUGACUGAGUUUUUAAUUCAUUCAAUUUUAAGUAGAUUGAAACCGGUGGAUUAAAAUUAAAACUCGAAUAGCAAUCAGUAAGAACAUUUAAGCUAUAACAAUGAAUAAUCAUUUUCUUAAAUACCAUCAUAUCCUUAUAUAAUGGGACCUUAAUCAUACUACUAUUAACAAUUCUCAUAGAUUCCAUAGAUCCCAUAGAUUUCAUAGAUUUCAUAGAUUCCAUAGAUACCAUAGAUUCCAUAGAUUUAAACAAUACCAAUAAUGCAACCUUAAUUAUAAUAAAGCAACCCUAUUUUACCUUGUCAACAAUAAUAAUUAUAAGGAAUGAAUAUUUAGAUUCCACAACACUAAUCUUUAAUUUCGUAGUAGCUUAUAUAAUAAUAAUUAAUUUAAUAAUAACAAUAAUAGAUGAUUCCUAACUUUUAUUAAGCUCAAUAUAUUCCAUAAUAAUUUAUUUAAUAAUAAUAAUAACAAUAAUAAUAAUAAUCGUAAUUUAAAUUUAAUGUAUAUUCAUCAUAAUAAAAUACACCAACUAAUUCUAUUGGAACUUUAAGUUCUUAACGUUCUGAAAAACUUAUCUCAGAUUAAAUUAAAGAAGAAGAAAAUAGUGGAUCAUCAUCAAACAAAGAACCCAAAGUUUAAAAAAUGGUUUGUGUUUCUGCUUAAUCAUCUAUCAAUGGUUCAACUAGUUCGGUGAAUUCAUUGGAUGCUAUUAAACAUAAUUUCAAUAAUAUGCAUUUAGAUUCUGAAUAAAAUAGUCCAGAUCCUAUUUAAAAAAGAAAACAUUAAAGAUCACAAUCAGGUGCAUUCGAUGUAAACAAUUAAGGAAAAGUUAAAACUAAGAGAUCGAGAUUCUUUUAUGCUUCUAAUGAUGGUUGA